AUGAUUUCAAGACAAAUCUUGAGUAGACCAAUUGUUGGUCGUAGUUUGUUGUUGAGAAGUGGAUUGACAUGUAGACCAGUUUUGGGCAAUAGUUGUAGACUAUUGCAUAGUUUUAGAGUGUUGAAACAAAAAGAAAAUGAUAAUGAUAAGGGAGAGAUUGUAUUUAAGAGCAAGAAACCGUUAAGCAGGAUUCCAAUUGGGGGAAGUUUUGAAAAACAGUCAAAUUCUGCUAACGGUGAUCGUAAACCUAUUGUCAAUACUGCCAGUGGUACAAUUGAAUUUUCAACUUGGAAAGCAGCAUUGUUAUUUAUCGUUGUUGGUUCAGGAUUAUAUUUUAUCUUUGAGAAAGAGAAGAAAAGAUUAGAAGUUGAAAGGGAAGCUGAGGCUAAUAGAGGGUAUGGUAAACCUGUAGUUGGUGGACCAUUUAGUUUAAUCAAUUGUUCCACUGGGGACAGAUUCAACGAAGAGAAUUUGAAUGAUAACUGGUCGAUAAUAUAUUUUGGUUUUACACAUUGCCCAGAUAUUUGUCCUGAUGAGUUGGAUAAGUUAGGAGUAUGGUUGAAUUCAUUGAAAACCAAAUUUAAUAUCAAGUUACAACCAAUCUUCAUUACAUGUGACCCAGCAAGAGAUACACCAGAAGUGAUGGAAAACUAUUUAAAAGAUUUCCAUCCUGAUAUAGUUGGGUUGACAGGUAGUUACGAUGAAAUCAAAAAUACUUGUAAACAAUACAGAGUUUAUUUUUCCACACCACCAAAUUUAAAACCAGGACAAGACUACUUGGUUGAUCACUCAGUAUUCUUUUAUCUAAUGGACCCAGAAGGUCAAUUUGUACAAGUGUUGGGUAUGUCCAACGAUGAAGUUACAGGUGUUGAUAAAAUCAAAGAGCUAAUCGAUGGCUAUGUCCCAUCGAGUGAAAGAGAAAAGCGUAAAGGCAAGUGGUAUUCGUUCUUAUUCGAAUAG